GAACUGGAUGAGCAGCGUGAGAUCUAUGCUCCGUGACUUAUCGAGGACUCGUUUUGCCCUAUACGAGGAGCAAGUCUGCGUGUAUUGAAGCAAUCGAACAGAACAUUGAUAAUCAUAAAGCUGUUCGCGUAAAUCAGUUUUCAGUUGAGUUCCGUUAUAACCAGACGCCGCGAUCGCGAGGCAAGCAUAGCCAGUUCAAAUAGAAUUGAUAAGACAAACUUAUUAUUUAUAAAUAACCGAACAGGUGCUUAGUUUGAACAAAAUGUUUCGGCUGAAAAGAAGUGCUUUUGCGAAGUUAAAGACAUUCCAUAAUGAGAAUUCUUUUUUGAAUAGAAUUCCUGGUAGAUUAUCCAAACAAAAUUUAUCAUCUUCGUCAACGUUACCGGAAAGCGCAGAUGUGGUGAUCAUUGGCGGAGGAUCAGCUGGAUGCAACACCCUGUAUCAGCUAACCAAGAGAGGAAUUCGGGCAGUUCUGCUAGAGAAAGCGAAGCUGACGGCAGGAACCACAUGGCACACUGCCGGAUUAGUUUGGCGUUUACGACCGAACGAUGUGGAGAUCAAGCUUCUGGCAGGCACCCGCGACGUUCUCAUGAACUUGGAGGCGGAAACUGGACACAACUCGGGCUGGAUCAACAAUGGAGGAUUAUUUAUUGCUCACUCAGAUGAACGGCUGAACGAGUACAAGCGGAUGGUUACCCUAGGUAAAUGUUUUGGUAUCGAAAGUCACAUUUUGAAUCCGGAAGAAACCCAGAAGCUGUUUCCAUUGCUUGAUCCAAAUUCGUUCACCGGGGCAUUGUACUCACCCGGGGAUGGAGUGGUCGACCCGGCUAUGAUGUGUACAUCCCUAACCAAGGCCGCCACCGCAAAUGGGGGGUUGAUAUUCGAGGAUUGUUCAGCGGAGAAGAUAGUGACGGGAGAGAAUCUGUUAGGUGUUAUGGAUGUAAGAGGCGUAGUAACCAACAAAGGUACAAUUCGAACAAAUACAAUCGUUAAUGCUACCGGAGUCUGGGGUAGGGAUCUUAUCGAACCGUUAGGUGUUCAUCUUCCCUUGAUCCCGAUGAAACAUGCGUAUGUAGUUUCGGAGACAAUGGAUGGCGUUCAUCAAAUGCUGCCGAAUAUUCGCGAUCACGAUUACGCAGUAUAUUUCCGCAUUCAGGGCAAAUCGAUAUGCAUGGGAGGCUACGAGAAUAACCCUAUCCUGCUGGAUAGAGUAGCUAAAGAUUUCCACUUCGGGUUGUACGACCUCGAUUACUCGGUAUUCGAUACUCACAUUCAGGGAGCCGUAAUGAUCUGUCCUGAGUUCGGCACUGCUGGUAUUAAGAGUACCGUUUGCGGUCCGGAAUCGUUCACGCCUGACCACAAGCCACUUAUGGGACCAGACCCAAUCGUUCAUGGUUUGUUCCAUAAUUGUGGUUUCAAUUCGGCUGGGAUGAUGUUGGGUGCAGGCUGUGCCGAACAGCUGGCCCAAUGGAUCAUACACGACAGACCUGAUCUGCAUAUGUUCGCAUAUGAUGUGCGACGGUUUAGUCCGAAGCAGAGGAAGGCCUACAACUGGGCCACUGAAAGGAGCCACGAAGCAUACGCUAAAAACUAUAGCAUUGUAUAUCCGCACGAUGAACCUCUAUCUGGGAGAAACUUUACUGUGGAUCCUUUCCAUAAACAAAUGAUACAAUAUGGGGCCAUCAUGGAGGAACGGCACGGUUGGGAGCGACCCGGGUACUUCCUAGCCGAGGACACUGUAGUCGUACAGCCGUACGAUUGGUACGGGUUUUAUGACUAUCCCAAAAACAUCAACACAAACUAUGAGGAAACGUUGAAAAAAGAUUACACCUUCGGAUUUCCUGAACAUCACGAUCUGAUUGGGGAAGAAGCGCAUACCUGUCGUCAAGAAGCGGUGGUCUUCAAUCUAAGCUAUUUCUGCAAACUGUUUCUCACUGGAAGCCAAGCGAAAGAAGCUGCCGAUUGGAUUUUCGCUGCUGAUUUGAACAAACAAAUCAAUAAGACUAUCUACACUUGUGCCUUGAACAAACGUGCUGGCGUUGAGAGUGACGUUACCGUCAGUGUUGUUGAGUCCGGACAAGGCGAGCUGCACGAUCCCAUUUUCAAGGGCCGCGGUUAUUACAUUGUAGCAGGAGGUGCCUCCGCUUACCAUACAAAAUCUCACAUUUGGGCAGCGAUACAGGAGAAAGCUUUGCGCGCAGUUGUUACCGAUCAUACCGAAGAAUUGGGCGUUCUUUCAAUUCAAGGCCCGAAGAGUAGAGAGAUUCUCCAAAAGAUAACCGAUUUCGAUCUCAGUGAUGAAGAGAAGCUACCUCUGAAUUCGACUGCGGUUUUGAGUAUCAAGAUUAAUCCAUUUUACACGUGUAACGUCAGGAUUCUUCGAGUAAGCUUCGUCGGAGAACUGGGAUAUGAACUGCACAUUCCGGAAGAGAGAUGUAACGAUGUGUAUAACGCUCUGAUGAAAGCUGGACAUAAGGAUGGACUAAGGAACGCGGGAUAUCGUGCACUAUAUUCGCUGAGCAGUGAGAAGGGUUACCAUUUAUGGGGUAAUGAUUUGCGGUCGGAUGAUACACCCAUUGAGGCAAACCUCGGGUUCACCUGUAGAAAGAAAGGUGAUUAUCAAGGAAAAAGUGUUGUCCAAAGACAGCUGGAACAAGGAGUGAACAGAAAAUUGGCAUUCUUCACGUUGAAUGAUCAGGUUCCGGUAUGGGGUUUGGAAGCAGUGUACCGCAAUGGUGAAAUUGUUGGCCACCUGAGACGCGGCGAGUACGGCUACACUUUGCAGAAACCCAUCGGUCAAGCCUACAUCACCCGGAAAGAUGGAGAUUACGUAACAAACGAUUACAUCCAAGGUGGACGGUAUCAAAUUGAGAUUAUGGGUAAAUUAUACGAUGCCCAGUGUCAUCUUAGAAGUCCCUUUGAUCCCAAAGGCGAACGAAUGCUAGGCAUUUAUAAAUAAAUUUUACUGCUUUCGUUUUACUGCCUUCAUAA